UCCAGCUGCCCUAACAAUUCGAUCCUCUUCCUCGCGACCUCGCGGCGGCGAGGCGACUUCGCUCGACCCCUUUUCCUCGCGGCUCCCUCUUCCCCAUCCCGUCGUUGCGGCGGGUGCAGCCAUCGAUCAACGCCUACUCCCUGAUUCCCACCCGUUCACCGCCCCCCCGUUCGUCACAGAUCCAUCAGGAAUCUGUAUCGAUUUGCUUAGGUUAAAAUCAAAUAAUAUUUUGUCGGGCGGAAAAUACAAGGCCUACACCAGAAGGAAUAGUGGAAUACCCUUGUGCCGCAGACGAAGAGCUGUCUCUCUGUGCAGUUUUUAUUUGGUUUAUUCUUUUUGCAGUUGCAGGGGGAGAAUCAAAACAUUAUAGUGGAGAAACAAUUUCAUUUUGCUUACAUUUAGUUGAUUUGUUGGGCCAUUAACCUAGUUGAACACUGUGCAGAUUUAUAUAGGUUAAAAAGUGAUCAGUUUACCAGGAGCAAGAUCUAGCCCUGAUGGGUACUGAAGUAGAGUUAUUUUGGUCUUUCUAUUCACUCUCUCCUGAUAUUUAACGUUUUGAGUAAGUGUGCAGAUUAGGUCUUAAGAAUGGAUUGGAUUAGGAUUUCUUGCAAGGGCAUGAGCUUUAUAAUUUCCAAUCACACAGUGGGCUGUACAGGGUUAAAUUUACAGGAAUACUACUUGUUGGUGAUCCUAAAUGAUGCAUAUGUUGUGAACCCUGGUUUGUUUUAGCUGCCUGUGUACCUUUUUGUCUACUUAGUCUUGCACACUGACGACCUUUAUUGAGGUUUAGUGUCAGUUAGAGAGCUGAAUCAUGGCAGAGCACUUGGCUUCGAUAUUUGGCACUGAGAAGGACAGGGUCAACUGCCCUUUUUAUUUCAAGAUUGGGGCUUGUCGUCAUGGGGAUCGCUGCUCCCGUCUGCACAACAGGCCAACCAUAUCACCAACUCUUGUGCUUGCUAACAUGUAUCAGCGCCCUGAUAUGAUAACCCCUGGAGUUGAUGCUCAAGGCCAACCUAUUGAUCCUGAGAAGAUGCAGGAGCAUUUUGAGGACUUCUAUGAGGACAUCUAUGAGGAGUUGGGCAAGUUUGGUGAGAUUGAGAACCUGAAUGUCUGCGACAACCUUGCUGACCACAUGAUAGGGAAUGUCUAUGUCCAGUUCAGGGAGGAAGAACAGGCAGCUGCAGCAUACAAUGCUCUUCAGGGCCGCUUUUACUCUGGCCGCCCGAUAAUUGUGGAGUAUUCUCCUGUGACCGACUUCCGUGAAGCAACCUGUAGGCAGUUUGAGGAGAACAGCUGCAACCGUGGUGGCUAUUGUAAUUUCAUGCAUGUGAAGCAGAUUGGCAAAGAUCUCAGGAGGAAGCUCUAUGGGCGUUCCGCUUCGAGGAAGUACCAUGGGAGAAGCCGAAGCCGAAGCCCCCCACCUCAAAGGAGGGGCCAUCGUGAUCGUGAUGACUACCAUCGAGACCGUGAUGAUUACCGCGGUGGUGGUGGUGGUGGACGGGGUAGAGGCAGCAGGCAUGACAGGUAUGAUGAUGGAGGUGGCAGAGGCGGCAGGCACGACAGGUAUGAUGAUGGUGGAAGGCGCAGGCAUGGUAGCCCACCCCCAAGGCGUGGGAGGAGCCCAGUCAGGGAGAGCAGUGAGGAGCGCAGGGCCAAGAUUGAGCAGUGGAACCGUGAACGGGAGGCAAAGCAGUGAGAUUUCCGUGGCAAGUGUCUCGAGAUGAGCAUUUGCUGGAGUUGUUGCUUGGCUCGUCAAUUACUGCUAUAUUCUAAGUAGUUUUGUGUUGGUGAUAUUCUGCUCGGCUAAAUUUGUAAUCAGACAUGUAAACUUCAUUUAUUUCUAUCUGUAUUGCGUUGGAUCAUUUGCUAGUUUGCUGUCCAAGCUAGCAUUGGUGUGAAAUCAUUUGUGGUGUUAGUGUUAUGUCAAUUGUGGCCUGUCAUUCUGAAUCA